UGCUGCAAUGCACUAUAUAGACGCGUCUUUGUCUCUCUAGACAGAUUGUAGUACUGUUUUUGGGCGUGUAAGUGGAAUGGUGGAGGAGGUUGACCAUGACUCUAGUUAGGCGCAACAUAGCGAGGGCGGGAGUCUAGGCGUGAGGCUCUCCCAUGGUCCAGCCGUUGAGGCUCUGAUGACCUCCGUAUCAGCUCUCCUCCUGUCCUGCAGCAUUCCAUCCCUCUGCAUAUUGUUCCCCUUUGCUGGUUCCACCACCACCGAGCCAGGCGGCCACCAAGCGCACCUCCUCUGCUCACCGCCGCUCCGCCACGCUUGGAUCCUGACGCGGGCGCUGGACGAUCCGCCGCGCCCGGAGGCUUUGACCCUGUGGUGGAGCUCCAGCGGAACAGGUGUCCCCGCCGGGAUUUUGUACAUAAACGAGACAGGAACUAGACGAGCUCCACGAUGAAUCAGCCCUCGACAAACACUCCAAUCCUCUCUGCGGGGAGCGUGCCGUCAGCCGCUGCUUCCGCCCGAGCCACCCAAGCCCAGGCGCUGAAAAACAGUGUCCAGGCUGCGUUCAAUGGUCGGUAUUGCCGCGGCCUUACGCCUUCUCCCUUCUCCAUAAAUUUCCCGUCUUGUACCGUUACUGCCGCCCAUCUUCCUUUGCUGUUCUGGUGAUUCAUACAAAGGUCCGCUUGGAUAGAUUGCCGUUCCCGGG